AUCAAACAUGUUCGCCACCAGAGCUCUUCGACAGGCCGCUGUCCACGCGGAGCGGACGCCUCUGAUCCGAUUCCUUGGACCCAGAGUCACUCCUGCUUCAAUCGACCACACUCCUCAGCCUCACCCCGCAUCUCCUUCAGGAAAGCUUCCCGAAGGUUUCACCGCAUACUACGGCAGCGGCGAUGCUGCUGCCCGACACAACUCUUUCGGCGCCUACCGUGACCACGCCCAGCAGCACGGCCCCCUCCAGAGGACCAUCAGCGCUGAAGCCGGCAUUGGUGGCUCCUCUGGCUACCAGCUCGGCUCUAUCAACCCUCCCAAGGGUGUUGCCUUUGAUGUCUCCGAGCUCCCUACCCGCUUCCACCGCCAGCCCAUCGACCUGUCCGAGAUCGAAGCUAUCGAGUCUGGUGGCGCAGCUUUUGCUUAAUGAAUGACGGUGGAAGAUGGUGGACGAGAAAGAUGGAAUCCCAAACUGGAUGAUGGGAUUGAGAGGGGAAAAAUAACCUUGUUUAACGGCGGUUUCUACAACAAAACGGCGUACCUCGGCACUGACACUCGAUCAGAAGCGAGGUGUUGUGUACGAUGAUGAUAUUGUAUAAUUGGGGGGUGCUGUUGAGAAGGGCCAAGGAGAAGCCCAUUACUGAAUAGGUCGUCAAAGACUGGGCCGAGACGACGAACGAUGCAGGCUGCUUCGCGCAUAGGGACUAAUCGGUCAGACAGAUGUGGACUACACUUUUGUGGCUGGCUAUUUUUCAGCUUAUUGAUUCGAGGAGGUCCUACAACUUGAUGACGAAGGAUACCCCGCCGAACAGAGACGAUGCUAAUCGUGCUGGGUCUCUUCGCGUCUUGCGGGACUUCUGGCCAAGGUUUUCGGCUAUCUCUUAUAUCCCUCAACAACGCUGUUGUUGGCCGAGUUGCUGCAGUAGAGAGGUGGAUUAGUGCCACAAGGCGCAAACAUUUAGCAUUACACAAAAACCCCUUUGAGAAAAGUUUAAAAAGUCGAUACAAAAAAAAAAUACCAAAUAUCAUUUCAAUC